ACACAUAAUAUUUUGACUUUCGCACAUUCAAUGUUGAUCAUAAUCUGUCAAAAAUAUCAAUCGCACACAGAAAAGUGGUGAUAACAGAAACUGAUAACGUUUCAAUGUUAUUACCAAUAUCAUUAGUGUGUAGAAAAAUACCACAACUACUUGGUUUUAGGUCUUGUAUUCAAGCAAUUCAUACUAUGGAUCAUUCGUACAUGUUGAAGACUCUAAAAGGAUGCAAACCUCCUCUCGACAACAGCAGACAUAAAGGUCAAGCCGGCCGAAUAGGAAUAGUCGGGGGGUCGUUGGAAUAUACCGGCGCGCCUUACUUUGCAGGAAUCAGUGCUUUGAAAGUUGGAGCUGACUUAGUCCAUAUUUUCUGUGCUUCUCCAGCAGCGACAGUAAUCAAAUCAUACAGCCCAGAGUUAAUUGUUCAUCCUUUGUUAGAUCAAAAGAGUGCUAUCACAGAAAUAGCAUUUUGGUUUGACAGACUUCAUGCAAUAGUUAUUGGCCCAGGACUAGGACGGCAACCAGAAAUAUUCCAGGUGGUGACAGAAUUGAUUGAAACUAUCAAAGUAAAAAAAAUACCUCUUGUUAUAGAUGCAGAUGGACUUUUUUUGAUAACAGAGAAUCCUCAUAUAUUGGAUAAUUUUUCAUCACCUGUAAUUUUAACUCCCAACAAAAUUGAAUAUGAAAGGCUCACCAAUAAACUGGAUUUUAAAAGUUUUGAGCAAUAUAUUACUAUACUAAAGAAAGGUGCUAAUGAUGAAUUUUUGUGUAAAAAUCCAGAGAUUACAUGGACAUCAGAUGUAGGUGGUUCUGGCAGAAGAUGUGGUGGACAAGGAGACCUCCUAUCAGGAUCUAUAGCAACAUUACUACAUUGGAAUUUAAAUAAUGCCAAUGAUAUUAAAACAGAACUGCCAGAUAGGUUUUUGAAAUCGGCAGCAGUGUCAUGCUAUGGAGCAUCUUCAUUGGUUAGAUUGUGCAAUAAAAAAGCAUUUGCCUUAAAAGGUCGCAGCAUGCUUGCCUCUGAUAUGAUUGAACACAUUCAUGAAGCUUUUGAAGAAUUGUUUGGACAGUGAAUAAUUUUGUUGGUUUGGUUUGAAUUUUACUUCUACCUUGGAUUUACUAUUUUAUUAGGGUAGAACAUAUGGGGAUAUUUUUUGUAUUACUUAUGAGUGAUAUCAAUAUGGGAAAUAAUGUUUUUUGUCAAGUAAUUUCAUCAUCACUGUCAGUCACAUGAAGUCCACUACUAAACAUAGACCUCCCCUAAAGAUUACCAGACAGGUCUGUUACUACAUUUAUAAAUAAUUAUUAGACAAUGUCAACUUCAAUAUCUGUGUAGUUACAAUAUUCAUGGUUAAGAGUUAAUUUUAAAGGUUUAACAAAUCUUUUCAUAUUAUAAAAGUCCCGCAGCAUCUAUUUGGCUAAACAAAUAACUACCAAAUGGCAUUAAAUUAAACUUGGUAUGGAGAUAGUUUGAAUUUAUGGGAAGGGAAUAGGAUACUUUUAUCCGAGAAUAAUAUAGUAUAGUGGGUCUUUUAUCCUGAAAAAUCUGCAAGCAAGCAAAGCUAAUAUAAUAUAAUCAAGAUGUCAAGGAAUUAUUAAUUUUCACCUGCUUCAUACUUAUACUAUAUUAUAUUUUAAGAUGAAAAACUAAAUGUAAGUAUUGUAAUAUAUUAUAAUGAAUAUUGCCUAAUAUACUGUAUAUCUUACCACA